AUGGCCGUGAGAGAUCAACAGCAAGAGCAAAGGGAAGUAAAUGAAGGGGACUUACCAAUGUCUAUUUUCUUAAUGCCCAUAGAAGCACCCGUAUGGUUGAGCAUAGUAUAUCCAGAUUUUGGGGUAGACAACUUCCAGAUACGGGCUAAAUGGAUUAAUUUGAUGAGCAAUACUUUGCAAUUCUACGGGCUACCCCAUGAGGAUCCAAACACACAUAUCUCCAAAUUUCUCAGGAAUUGCCAGAAUUGUCAUGCUCCCGGGGUUAAUGAGGAUGUCAUCAAGCUGCGGUUAUUCCCAUAUACACUGAGAGAUGCAGCAUUGGAAUGGCUGGGUGUCGAACCUGAUGGAAGUAUUUCCACAUGGGAGGAACUGACCAGGAAAUUCUGCAAUAAGUUCUUUCCACCAAAUAAAAGAGAUGGGGAGAACUACCAUGAGGCAUGGAACAGAUUUAAGGAGUUGAUGAGGAAGUGUCCAAAUCAUGGGAUCACUAUUGGAAAUCAAGUGCAGUAUUUCUACACAAGACUUUUAUUACUAUCCAAAUCUCAAAUGGAUUCCUCUGUAGGCGGAUCGAUCAUAGGGAAAUCAGUGCAACAAUGUAUGGAUCUGUUUGAGUUGAUUGCUAUUACUCACUCUAUGUUUUCCUCAGAAAGAGUGGUACCUCCAAAAACAGCAGGAAUAUAUGAAUUGGACAACAUAACAUCUACCAAUGCCCAAAUAGCAGCAUUAACAAAACUGGUAAAGUUAGUGGUGAAGUCACAAAUAAAGGGAGCACAUGUAGUGAUAACUGACCCAUCCUGUGAAAACUGUGGGGCAAAUCAUCUAACAGAAAAUUGCACAUCUAUGGGCUUUCCGAAGGAACAAGUCAACUUCAUUCAAAAUGGCUCUCAAAAUUUUAAUCCCUCUUCACAAACAUAUAACCCGGGAUGGAGACAAUACCCAAACCUCAGAUGGUUGGAUAAUCGGCAAGGGAAUAGUUCAAACAAUGUACAACAAGAGAAAAAACCAAGUUUGGGGGAGAUAUUCAACCAGUACAUGCAAAAGACAGACAAGGUGUUCUAG